AAAGAACAUACUGGCCGCCUCGUUAUUGGAGACCACAGAUCAACUUCUCAUUUCAGAACAGGGGAAGAAGACAAGAAAAUAAAUGAUGAGCUUGAGACUCAGUUCCAGCAAAGCAUGGAUAGCACCAUGUCAGGAAGGAACCGGCGGCAUUGUGGACUCGGUUUCAGUGAGCUGGAGGAAGCGAAAGAACAACAGGAGGAUUCAAGAGAUUCCCUGGAGCCCGAAAGUUCAGAGGACUCUGAAAGCGAAUCCGACUCCGAGGAUGAAGAUGUUGCAGAAGAGCAGCCGUCUACCGAGAAGCUCAGUAACACUGAGAAUCCUGAAACCAAAAAGGAUGCAAAAAGCAACUAUAAAAUGAUGUUUGUUAAAUCCAGUGGUACAUAGCUACAGGCCCAAUCAGCCUUUCAGUACAGUAAGCCUUAUGGUUACAGUGCAAAGUGUUGGACUGCUUACAGCACAGACCUUUCUAUUAUGGUUUUAGUAAGUCCUUUUAGGAAAAGAGUAGUGUUCGCUCUCCCAAAGUCAUUAAAUAUUUUUAUCAGCAUGACUGUACCCAAUUUUGUUUUGUAAGUAUAAAAAGAGGGGGGGAGGGCCAGGAUUUAAGUUUUCGCCCCGCUUUUACACUAUUCAGUCUUCCUUCUUACCCCGUGAUGGCUGUCGAACAUUUCUGAAGCUUGUUAAAAUGAUUUAUCUCAAUGAUACCUGAUGUCUUUAUCUGUGAUUUAUUUUUCGAAACAGCAUUCUGCUUGGGUUUUGAAUGAUGUGCAGUUAUUAAAAAGUGAGAAUUGGUGUUCUUUUGUCUGGCUCGUAGCUUUGAGGAUUUGAGGAUCUGCCCUGCCUUAGAUUCUGCCGCCGUGGACUUGUUGUGUCAAAGCUAGGGCUGUGCGUGGGAGCAGUUCCCUGAAAAUAAGUGCU